UUAUUCAAUCAUUCUAUAUGAAAAUAUGUAACCAAUUUUAGUAUGCAUGUGUAUACCUGGAAUUUUCAUUUAUAGAAAUUGAAAUUUUGGUGAAGCAAUGCAAUGAUAUCAACCUUCACAUAUAUAUUAUGCAUAAAUUGGUUCUUCAAGUGUUACUUGCCAAUUAUUUUUUUUGGAGUGACUCUGCUAGCUGAACUACUCAAGUGGCCAUCAAACCAAUCUGGUUUUAUGUAGAUUGACUUCAACACAUGAACUGGAGUAGCCUGGCAGUUGAGCUGAUGAACCUGUGUGAAUUGAGUCCUUUGACUGGUCAACUGGACAUUCAUUAUUUUAAAAUAUUUCCUAUCAAUUGUUAUUCAAUUUAAAUUAUAAACUAGUAACCAUGUGUGCUUACUAUUUGUUCCAUUGGAUUCUAAACUCUUGCUGUAUUUGAUAUUGAAAGUAAAUUUCAUGUCAAUGUGAUAAUGCAAAUACUUUAUGUAAUUCUUAGUUUCUCUUGUUUCUCUAUUUUUUAAAUUUUGAUACACAAUAACAGCUGCUACUCUGUCUUAUUUUGUGUUUCAUUCAAUUCAUUUUAUAGAAAUAUUCACAAAAGAGUGAUGGUUGUUUAAUAUUGAAUUGUUCAUUUUAUAUAGGCUUACAUGUGCCAAAAGUUGUCACCUGUAAAUGAGAUGUACUUUGCUAUAACACUGGAUCGAACAAGUGCUAGUCUAAUUAUUAUUGCUUGUAGAAAGGGAGGAACCAACAUUGAAGACCUUACAGAGAAAUUUCUAGACAUGAUUGCUAAGGGACCUAUUGGUUUUUUUGAAGGAAUUACUGAUGAAGAUGUUGCUAAGGUUGUUGAUGGUUUGGCUCCCAAAGUGGUAGAUAGAAAUAUAUAAGUCAAUUGAACAAUGAAGAAUUUGUAUAAACUUUUUGUUGUUUUUGACUACACGCUUUUGGAAGUAGGUAUAUGUAAGUUUUAGCUUAUACAAGUUUAUUUGGUUGGAUCCGAGACAUGCUUUGGGUAAGCCCUGCUUGGCAUGUUGCCACAAAGCAUUAUAAAGCAUUCUCUCUUUUUUGUAAUUAGUAAUAAAUAAUAAAAUGUUUGGCUUAAAGGAAUACCUUUUACUUAACAUGAUAAUAUAUUUAUAUUGAUAU